AUGACGGAUAAAGAUGUUUUAACUACCCUUCAUGAAUUGGCUUCCAAGAGCUUUAGUCGAACUCCCAAUGGGCUUUUAUUUACUAAUGAUCUAAAGACCGUGUAUUCUUUGCUGUUGAUCUGCCUUGAUUUGAAAGAGGAAAGUGCAGAAUCCAAAUCUAUUCUUAAUGCAUUUAAUAAGAACUAUCCCUUUACUUUUACAGUUAAAACAGCUAUUGAAAAAAUGGGAAAACUUGAACUUAGCGUUAACAUGAGUGCAACUUGUAUGAGCAUGUCGUAUGCUAUCAAGCCUGCCUUGGCCCGACAUUUAUUGGAACUAUUCAUGUCAGCAAAAUUGCUUCAUACUCCGGCGGAUAGGACCCGGAGUGAACCAAAAGAAAAAGUUCUUUUACAGCCAACACCAAAGGGUGUGGCCAUUUUACAAAAGUAUGUGAAAGAUAUUGGGUUGAAAAAAAUUCCGGAUAUUGUGCUGUCUUCAUUCAAUUCAUUAGAUUUUUUUACUUUCGAAAGAAGCUCUGUCACAGAUUCAAUUAUUCACAGUGAUUACCUAAUUCAUAUUUUAUUUAUACGAAUGAUGGGACCAUAUCCUAAUGUUUGGUCUCCAACAAAGCCUGCUGAUAAGGUACCGUCCCUCGGAACGCUCUUGGAAUAUGAUAAUGAUUCGUUUACAUUUGAGAAUUUGGAAUACUCUGGUGCGAAUGGAUUUAUUUCAGACAUUGCAAAUCAAAACCUGCAUGAAAACAUCGAUAACUCGUGGUUAUCGCAAAUACCCGAAAAGGAACUACAGAAAGAAGAUAGAGUAUCACCGUUUGCGCAUCGUUUUUUUACCAAUCCUGAUUCAGAUUCACAUAUCCAAUAUUAUGUGUCCGAUAGUGGAGUGCGAUUAUUUAAAUCAAAAAUAUUUGGGAAACACAAGACAGCAAUUGAUUAUAGUUUCACAUCAAAAUCUCUGUGGCAGUGGUUAAUGGAUUGUACAGAUAUUAUGUAUCCUAAAGAGGCUGUAUCGGUGGCUGCUCUUAUUUUGAAGGUGGGGUUAAUUGUUCCUAUUUUGCUAUCCCCAUCCAAAAAUUCGAAACGAAAAUUUCAUAUUAGUAGGUCCUCAUAUUUUACUUUAAGCAAACUAGGCUGGGAUAUUAUUCAAUGGAAUACAGAGAAUGGUAUCAAGCAAUCGAUAAAUAACUUUUCCAAUCUUAAAAUCAGUAGUCCUACGCAGCAUCAUAUUGAUAUUGAUUUUACACUAACAGGAAAUUUGAUAGUAGGUGAUGAAAAGGAGAUACUGCAACACGAUGAUGAUUCGCAUUCAAUCGACAUUAUUCCUUGCUCUGGCGCAUAUCCAUCUAACAAUUUGAACGAGAUCUUAAAAGACCCAGGUAUGAGAUACUUGUUUAGAAGACACCUUGAAAAAGAUCUAUGUGCUGAAAACUUAGAUGUAUUUAUUGAAAUUAAGAAAUUUCUAAAGAAGAUGACAUUGCUAAAGAAGUUAUUGGAUUCAAAAAAGACUAGAGAAGGGAAGCAUACCAAGAGUAAAGCGUUUGAAAAUAAUAUUCUAGCAACCAUUGAUUGCGCCCUCAUGAAGCAGGCAAAUGAAUGUUUAGAAGUUGCUUAUCACAUUUAUUCCUCAUAUGUCAUGGUGAAUUCUCCAUAUCAAAUAAAUAUUGAUCAUGACCUUCGAGAAUCGAUAACAAAAAUUAUGCUACAUCCUCAGUCACCACUAUCGAAAAGUUUUCCAAUCAACUUUGAUUCCCCAUUUCAUUCUAAGCCGAAAGCUGUAAAUCAUUUACCAACGCGCUUGCCAACGAACUCAACUAUAUUGGUUUCUAAACCAGCUACAGCAAUGGGAGGUGGGAACACAAUUAUUUUAAAAUCACCCAAGAUGUCAGCUAGAGAGUUCACACCUGCUCCUUUAUCAUUGACACCAUUAAACAAGGAUUAUGUUCCGUUGGAUUCCUUAUCGGACAAUGUGCUUUACACAUCUGAAGAUGAAGAUCCACUUUCAGUUACCUUGACCGUUCUUAGAAAAUUAUAUCCAUUAUUUGAAAAUGUUGGUAAGGAGAUGUACCGUUUGAUGAAGAUUGAUUCCUUGCAAAAAUUCAUGGUGUCUGAUGUUUAUAAAGAGGCUACUUCGUUAGUUGAGAUACAAGAUAAAAACUAUAGUUCAAAAAAUUAG